AUGGAGGUGCAAUCUACGCGUCUAGUUCGAACGGGAUCCUGGUACGGUGACGGCGCCCAGUUCAUCUUCAACUCAGCGAGUUACAGUGGAGGUGGAAUCUACGCGACGGAUUAUUCGAAUGUGUCCUGGGACACUGACGGCACCCAGUUCACCUCCAACUCCGCUGAUAGUGACGGAGGCGCGAUGCACGUGUCGUAUGAUUCGGCCGUGUACUGGGAUGGCGACUGCGCCCAGUUCACCUCCAACUCCGCUGACCAGCACGGAAGUGCAAUCUACGCGACUGACAAUGCAAGCGUGUCGUGGGAUGGCGACGACACCCAGUUCACCUCCAACUCCGCUCUAGCUUGGCAAGGUUAUGGAGGAGGUGCGAUCUACGCAAUCGAUGCGACCGUGUCCUGGGUCGGCGACGGCACCCAGUUCACCUCCAACUACGCUGAUGACGAUUCACGUGGUGGCUACGGAGGCGCGAUCUACGCGCAGUUAUCGACCCUGUCCUGGAGUGGAAACAACACUCAGUUCAGUUCCAACUCUGCUGUAUGUAGCAGAUGGAGGUGCAAUCUACGCGAUUUCUGUGAGCGUGGUUUGGGAUGGAAGCACGAGCUUCAGCGGCAACUUCGCGGCGGAAUACGGCGGCGCCCUAGCUUGGAUCGGAUCCGAUGGCGAUCCCGAGUUUGUCGGCGUGGUGUUCUCGAACAAUACCGCAACGUUCGGUGGGGCGGUGUACAUGUACAACUCUGGGGACCGUACCAUCUUCACAGACGCAACGUGUCAUUCGAACUCGGCCAGUAG